AUGUCUCAGAAAAAUGUCCCAGGUAGAGUGCAUGGACGAUUGACCGACUCACGCGGAUUCAAGGCACAUCACUGGGGCGUGUUCAUCGAAUGCACUUUGUUUCACUUUCGACGAGUUUUAGGAUCGUCGGCUCCCUUCAGCAAUGGUGGUACUCUGGAUAGAGCAAUUAUUGUAUGGCGGACUGUUCUCCGGAUACUCAUUAAGCGGAUGAAGGUUGGACUGGCUUCUGACCUCAGAAAUCGACAAGCUAACAAAGAUGCUGAGGAGUUACCCUCAACGUCAGAACGAAGCAGCCCUGUCGCAGACAUAGGCACGGACAGUUACACCACUACUACCACUACUGUUACACUGUAA